CAUACCCGGAAUAGAAUUUCCCUUUAAUAUAGUAGGUCACAACCAAGCAUAUAGAGUAACACUUUGGCCGCUGGUGUUGGGAAGUACACACAGAGAGAUCGAGAGAGAGAGGGAGAGAGGGGCGAUGGCCGAGAUUGAUAAUAUGAUCAGUGACUUUCCUCACGAUUUCAAAUCGUAUGUGAAGAACCACCAAUUGCUCUGCCAGCGCGGAAAGAGCAAGUAUGGCUGGGUUUUUUGGAGUGGAGAAGACGACCCUCGCGAACUUCCUCCUCCUCCGCUUCGCUUGUCCGAGAUAAUCGAUGGAACCCUGAUUGCUCCUCCUAUUCCAGAGUUUAUGGAGAAGAUAAAAUCCUACUUUAAAGAUAUAGUAUUUUGCUGGCAUUGUACCCAAUUUCUUAUACAGUUUUGGAAAGUCAUAAAAAUUGGGGGCAAGCGCUUACUUACUACUCGACACCAACCUUUUGGUUUUAACAAGAUUGAUGAAGGACUUUGUCAGUAUAGGUUGAUAUCUUUGGAUUAUGAAUUUGAUAUGGAUCGAGUGAGUGACGAAUAUCUUGGCCUCCAUGGCCGUGUGUUUCGGCAUCAACAGUGGGAGUCUACUCCAAAUGUGCAAUAUUACUCCUGCAAAGAGUAUCCACAGCGCGAUCGUGCUAUCGUUUGCAAUAUUAAGCAAUCUCUGGCUGUACCAUUGUUUGACCCUUUGAGGCAACACUGCAUUGGUGUAUUUGAGAUGGUGUCGACAACUGAUAUAAUAAAUGUAUAUUUGGGGAGUUUCCUUUAUUUCGAGAUUCAAGGUUUGACAAGAUCAAAAUGUGAACAUUUGUAUCAUGAGAAAGUCAAGGAUGAAACUCCUGAAGAAAUCAGGAAAAUUCUAGACGUGGUGUAUAGCACUCAUUAUCUUCCUUUGGCUCAGACUUGGUCCUUGUGUAGGCUUUGCAAUGCAGUGUUCAGAAAAUAUAGAACUUGUCAUAGAGAGGGACGUAUGGGUGAUUUUUUAGCUGCAUGUGCUUUACAGCACCUACGAAAAGGGCAGGGGGUUGUUGGGAGAGCAAUUUUGACCCAAAAUUUGGUAUUCUGCAAAGAUAUUACUCAAUUUAGCAUAACUGAGUACCCUUUUGCACACUACGCACACAAAGUUGGACUUACCGGUUCUUUUGCAAUUUGCUUGCGGAGUAAUUAUAUUGAAGACAAUGUUUACGUGCUAGAAUUCUUUUUGCCCCCAAACUACACUGAAGGUAGGGAUCCGAGGAUUGCUUUGGUUCCGUUAUUGACAACAAUGAAGCAGCAUUGUAAAAGUUUUAAGGUCACUUCUGGGGAAGAACUAGGAGAAGAGUUGUCUAUUGAAGUUCUUGAUAUUUCAGAGGAUGGUAAACUUUAUUCUUAUCAAAUACCCCAAACUGCAAGAUCUCCAAAUAAGACGGAGGAUGGAGAAGAGACGGUGUUUCUAGAUUUAUCCUAUCAACAAUUACCCGAAGUGGAUGCUAUAGACACUGGAAACAAUAUUGUUAGUAACACAGAAGAAAACAACAUUGUUUUUACUUCCUCACAGCAAAAACUCGUAAUUAACUCGUCCCAGAGGCUACAAAGAAAAGUUGGAAUUCCAAUUAGCUUGGAGAAGGACGGAAAACUUGAUUCUUUUAAAAAACCCCAAACUGCAAGAUCUCCAAAUAGAAUGGAGAAUGGAGAAGAGAUGGUGUUUCUAGAUUUAUCCGAUCAACAAUUACUAGAAGUGGAUGCUAUAGACAUUGGAAACAAUUUUGUUAGUAACACAGAAGGUAACAAUAGCGCUGUUACUUCUGUACAGCAAAAUUGCAUAAUUAACUCGUCCCAGAGGCUACAAAGAAAAGCUGGAAUUCCAAUUAGCUUGGAGAUGGACGGAAAACUUGAUUCUUUUAAAAAACCCCAAACUGCAAGAUCUCCAAAUAGAAUGGAGAAUGGAGAAGAGAUGGUGUUUCUAGAUUUAUCCGAUCAACAAUUACUAGAAGUGGAUGCUAUAGACAUUGGAAACAAUUUUGUUAGUAACACAGAAGGUAACAAUAGCGCUGUUACUUCUGUACAGCAAAAUUGCAUAAUUAACUCAUCCCAGAGGCUACAAAGAAAAGCUGGAAUUCCAAUUAGCUUGGAGGAUCUCCAGCAACGUUUUGGAAUGAAACUUGAAGAUGCUGCAGAAAGCCUUGGGGUUAGCCGAUCUACAGUGAAGCGUGCUUGCAGGGAAUAUAAUGUCACCUGGUGGUCACCUUAUAAGAGAAGUAAGGAUAACCAAUUGUUUUUCAAUAAACUUGUCCAAGGUGUUGUUCAGGAACAAAUCCUAGGAUCUAGUCAGCCUCCAAUUUCUGAUCCACCUCAUAUGCAAGACAUGGUUACUGCUUCUUGCACAAAGCCACAUUUUAUAGCAGUGCAAGACGAAAGUAUUGUGACCAUAAAGGCAAAAUAUGGAGAUGAUUUUAUUAAAUUUCAGCUCCCUGUGUUGUCGGGAAUGGUAGAGUUUCAACAGCAAGUGGCAAAGAGGCUGAAACUAUAGGGUGGAACUUACCGU